AAUUUGUCAAUUGUCAAUGUCAGUUGCGACGGAGAGGUUUACGAUGAAUUUGAGUAACAUUUUCAUUAUUUUGGGAUAAUACAAUUAAUCUGGGGAACAAUUCAGUGAAUUAGUGUGAUAAAAAUUUAUACAUAUUGCUAAAAUGCCAUCAAAACAGAGAAAAAUUGCCAUGAUGGGUUAUAGAUCCGUAGGGAAAUCAUCUCUAAUCAUACAGUUCGUUGAAGGUCAAUUUGUGGAUUCUUACGACCCAACUAUAGAAAACACAUUUACAAAAUUCAUCCGGUUAAAUUCAACUGAAUAUGAGGUGAAGCUGGUGGACACUGCAGGCCAGGAUGAAUACAGCAUAUUUCCCCUACAGUACAGCAUGGACUUUCAUGGCUAUGUCCUUGUAUAUUCUAUCACUUCAAGCAAAAGUUUUCAAAUAGUACAAAUCAUUUAUGAUAAGCUUCUGGAUAUGGUUGGAAAAAUACAUGUACCCAUAGUUUUAGUUGGAAACAAAACAGAUCUUCAUCUAGAAAGGAAAAUCAGUACAGAAGAAGGGAAAAGACUGGCUGAAAAAUGGAAAGCUGCUUUUGUGGAAACCAGUGCAAAACGAAAUGAGUCAGUCACGGAUAUGUUUCACGCAAUAUUGUCAGAGAUAGAGAGAUCUGAUGGACAUAUACAAGCAAAAAACGGAUGUGUUAUUUCGUAAAAGAGCAUAGGUUAUGAACAAUGUGCUUUUUACUUAAGCAAAAGUGAAUUAGAUCUAAUGAUUGUGUGCAUAGCUAUGAUGAUAUCAUAAAUAAGUGCUUCUCCAUUGGCGAAUGUGAUUAAGAAUGUAAUGCAUUUUUUUCUAAUGAAAUGUGAUGUCAGGCACAAAAGCUACUGUCAUACCUUUACAUACAUUGUAAAAGUUGGAAUGGCAUAAUUCAAAUAUCAUUCAGUAGGUCACAUUUGCCAAUGUAUGUAUAGUCUGACCAAAAUCAUAAGGCCUGGGGAUUAAAGUCAAUAUCCAAUUAAAUCUCCAAAACUUUCUUCCCUUUUCUAUAGGAUGUUGAUUGUCAUUUACUACAAAAAUGUAAGACCUGUAAGACCUUGGUCAGGCUAUAAUGCAUCUUCUGAGAAGCAUUUUAUUUAAUAUAAACUGUCAAAUAUUUUUACUAUUGCUAAAUAAGCCACGGCCAGUUCCAACUAAAUUUAGAAAUAUACAACAUAAUUUCUAGCUUCAAAGUGAUUUCCACAAAACUAUUUACUAAGUCUGUGUUGUCAUAUUUAUAAUGUAAAAUGGUGCAAAUAAGAUAGUUGUAUGCUGAUUUGGGAGAUUUAUAUGAGACAUAGCAUCGCAAAGGUGGGGUAUAAAAUUUACUGAUCCAUACCUAUAUUAUGUGGCCUAAAGAGAUUUUUCAUGUGUGUGAUUGGUCUAAUCCAAAAGUAUAAGAAAUAAUAGACAAUCCUAAACAAGAAGAAGGGUAAGGGACGUUUUUUGACAAAAACUAAAAUUGCAUUAUUAGAACUUGAAAAAUAAUAAUCCUAACCAGUAAUUGAAUCCUUAGAAUUGGAUUCUUAUAUCUAAUGAGUAAUGAUUAAUGUAAUUACGCAGGUUGUUGUAUUAUCUUUUUACAUAAUCAAGGAGCUCAAGUCAGGUAGGGUCAUUUAUUUUUCAAAAUAUAAUGAUGCAUAUUUCUUUUUUAAAUUCGCAGAAUCGCCCAGUUAUUUAACUGUUCGCUGUCUUUUCGGAUUUGGCCAACACUCACACUUAAAAAAUACUUUGAUGAUUUAAUUUCACACAAAGCAUUUCAAAUAUUUAUGUAAUAAUAGCUAAUCGUACUUUCUUAUAUGCCACUGGACCACUUGCUUUGUUGUCUUGCAUUGGAGAAAUCAUUACAUACAUACAGUACAACAAGUUGCAAUAACUUUCAGUUGGAAUUAUUUUUGUACAUCUACCGAUUAAUUACAUGAUGUAAAUGUAUAUUUUUAUAACAAGUCCAAUUCGUUUGUAAUAAUGUAUAUUUAUUAGCUUUUAGUAAUCAAUAAUAACGUAGCCAUUAUAUUUUUAGUUUUGGAAAUUACAUAACCAAGAUCAUUAAUUUAUAGGUUGGGGAAAAUAUUUCUAAGCUACACAGUAGGAUUCUCAGGCAAGAAAAGAACUUGGGUUUAUUUGUAAAAUGUGUAAAUAGUAUAUUUUAUGUGUGUACAUAUUUAAAAACAGGAUAUGUAGGUGUAAUUCUUAGAUUUUGCAUUUAGUGUUGGUUAUGUAAUAGUUUUUUUUUACGAUAGUGUUCAAGGGAAUUUCAAUUCUGUUUGGAUAUCUAAACUCGGCUGCACGUAAGCUGCGAUGCAGAAUAUAGACAACAUUGAAGAGCAGAUAAUCCUAGUUAUGUUCAAGAAAAUGUACCUACUCCUGAAUGCCUAAGACGUAAGGUGCAUAGUACAUCGACUCGAGGUGUAAUAUGAAUUACUGCGCGCAGUUUGUCGACUUGACUUGAAACAUGCACUGUAUGCAUUCGGACCAUAUUUGCUGGAUUACCUAUCUGCUCUUCACUGAACGUCCACCUGCUUCUCUUCUUACGCUCAACCUUAUUGUUGUAUUCAAAGAUAAAAUGUUAAGCUAUAUGCCAAAUAAGCUAUUUUACCUAUAAUAUCACUGAAACAU